UUCUUCUUCUUCUUCUUUUUGUUUCAAAGACGACAAAAUGUCUAGGCGUAACUUUGUAGUUCUCUUAAUUUUGGCUUACGGUCUUGUCUUAACGACUUGCUCUCGACCAUCGUCUCGAGUUUACAUCGUUGAGGUGCUCAAUGAGUUUCCUCAUGAUCCCUAUGCAUUUACUCAGGGUCUGGUUUAUGCAGAGAAUGAUACCCUCUUCGAGUCGACUGGUCUUUAUGGCAGGUCAUCGGUUCGACAAGUAGCUCUUCAAACCGGGAAGGUUGAGAAUAUUCAUAAGAUGGAUGAUUCAUAUUUUGGGGAGGGUUUAACUCUUCUUAAUGAAAAGUUGUACCAAGUAGUUUGGUUGAAGAAUAUUGGUUUUAUAUACGACCGUCGUACCCUAAGCAAUAUCAAGAAUUUUACCCAUCAGAUGAAAGAUGGCUGGGGACUAGCAACUGACGGGAAAAUCUUGUACGGAAGUGACGGCACUUCAAUAUUAUACGAGAUUGACCCUCACACCUUUAAACUUAUUAAAAAGCACAAUGUUAAAUACAAUGGUCAUCGAGUGAUUCGUCUCAACGAGUUGGAGUAUAUAAACGGUGAAGUUUGGGCAAAUAUUUGGCAGACCGAUUGCAUAGCUAGAAUCUCAGCAAAAGAUGGCACUUUACUCGGGUGGAUACUUCUUCCAAAUUUGAGGAAAAAACUGAUUGACGAAGGAUUUCGUGACAUUGAUGUUUUAAAUGGCAUAGCAUGGGAUCAAGAGAAUAAGCGCAUUUUUGUCACAGGAAAAUUAUGGCCGAAGCUUUUUGAGAUCAAGUUGCACCUAGUAAGACAUCGAAUUCCCGAUGGAUACAUCGAACGACAUUGUUUGAACUUGAGAGACAACACUCUUUCUUUAAAGACAGACAUCGACUAAUUAUAGCAAUUAAUCGAGUUCCUCGAAUACGAAUAAUGGUUUAAAACUUUGUAUUAUACGAUAUAAAAAUAUUAUUGUUGAAUAUAUUAUUACGUUAUUUUCUCUA